UGUGCUCUCAGCUUCAGGUCUGGCUUGUUUGGGUGCUGUGGGCUUUCAGAAUCCGCCCAUGAGCUUUAAAAUGUACUCGGAAGUCUGAGGGGCGUCUGUGCUCAAACACAUCAGUCAGUUUUACCUCAGAGCGAAGCGUCGAGCAGCUCGAGCAGGAUGGCUUUUUUUCAGUUGGAUGAUUUUUUGGCUGGAUGGAUCGGAGGUGCCUCCAGCGUGAUUGUAGGACAUCCACUCGAUACAGUUAAGACACGUUUACAAGCAGGCAAUAGCUACAAGAACACCUUCCACUGUGUUGUAACCAUCUACAAAAAAGAAACCGUUGCUGGCUUUUUCAAAGGCCUUUCCUUCCCCCUGGCAAGCAUCACUCUCUACAACUCGUUGGUGUUUGGCUUCUUCAGCAACUCUCAAAGACUUAUUAGCAAACUUCGUUAUGGUGACGGGAGGCACCCGUCUGGCCUGCUAGACCUGACUGUGGCUAGUAUGAUGACCGGCUUUGUAUCAGUAGGCAUCGGAGCCCCUGUGGACCUGGUCAAAAUCAGGCUGCAGAUGCAAACACAGACCAUUCUCGCAGAAAACGUCACCCUUGCUGGCAAUGGCAGCGUCCCUCUUCGCUCAGUAGGUCUGCAGUCCCAGCCCAUUUAUAGAGGCCCCAUUCACUGCAUUAGCAGCAUUUUGCAGAAUGAAGGAAUCCAAGGGCUCUACAGAGGAGCAGGAGCCAUGUUACUGAGAGAUGUUCCUGGCUAUGCCCUUUACUUUAUCCCCUACACGCUGCUCUGUGGCUGGUUAAACCCGAAUGGCAACACCUCUCCUCACCCCUGCACAAUAUGUCUUGCUGGAGGAUUGGCAGGCUCCAUAUCCUGGGUCACCGCAACGCCAGCAGAUGUGGUAAAGAGCCGAUUGCAGGCAGAUGCCAUGCACGACCGGAAAUAUAAAGGAAUUGUUCAUUGCAUUCUACAGAGUUACAAGACAGAGGGAUUACAUGUUUUCUUCCGUGGUGCUACAGUGAACGCUGUCAGAGGAUUUCCCAUGAGUGCUACAAUGUUCCUGGUUUACGAACUUUCACUCAAGUUCUUUCGAGGAAACUAACCUUUCCAGAGCUCUCCCUAACACAGAGACUUAUACGUUCUUAAUAUGGAUAAUAUUCAUCCAAGAUUCUACUGUUUACCAGCAUCUGCAUGUAGGUUGGGUACAGUAGAUGUUGAUACUUUGCUACAGUGUCAUUUGCACUUUUUAUGUAUUUUCUUAUAUUAAGAAAUUACAGAGACAAGAAUAAGAUAUAACCUAUAUGUGUUAAACUUGGUUUUACCAGAGAAUUUUAAUGUGUGUAUGUGUAUGUGAGUCAGCAUACUAAUUUUUAUAUUAUGUCUAAUGGUUACAUGUCUUAUAAAUAUACAAACUAUAAACACUUAUACUGCUAUUGGAGAAAUGAUCAGUGUUGCUUAACAGUUAACCUGUCUUAAGAUACUUGUUUUGCAUGAUUCUAUCCUUUGUAGAUACAAAAUAUCAGAAACAUGAAAUUUAUAUUUAUAUUGUGAAUAUGGUGCAAAUAUGUAAAUACAAGAAAUGGCAUUCCAUAAAGAGAUGCAGUGCAUCUGGAAAGUAUUCACAGUCCUUCACUUUUUCCACAUUCCAAGUUAUGUUACAGCCUCAUUCUAAAAUGGAUGACGUUAUUUUUUUAGUCAAAAUUCUCUACACACAAUACCCCAUAAUUACAAAGUAAAAAGGUUGUCACUAUGUGGUAUUAUCAGGGUUUAUAUGGUCAUGAAAAACCUGUAAAUGUCAUGGAAUUUUUUAAAUAGCUAUUUCCAGGCCUGGAUGAGUUUUGAAAAAAUUUAAAUAGCCAGAAAUGUUUUGAAAAUCAUGAAAAUCUACAAAUAUUUGUGUUUUGUUAUCUAUUGACGGAGAAAAGCUUUUGUGCUAAAAACACAUUUUAUUAUUGAAUAUUGUAUUAACAUUGCUUAAAGAAAUGUUUAUUUUAUUAAAAAAAAUAAUUUU